CCUCUCGUGAACCCGCCUUAGUGUCCAUACGUCAUUUCCGAUGGAGGGUUUAGGAGAAAAAACAUAAACAUACAAGCUAGCAAGCCAGGAAAUUUAGUUAAACGCUUUAAACGAGAAUAAAUGGCCAACUAAACGAAACAAUGACAUAAUUAACGAGAGUGACAUUUUCAUCUGCGCCAUGAAUUUAAGGGGACUCUUUCAGGAUUUCAAUCCCAGCAAGUUCCUGAUCUACUUGUGCCUGCUGCUGUUCUCCGUGUUGCUGUCCUUGAGGCUGGAUGGGGUUAUCCAGUGGAGCUACUGGGCAGUGUUCACGCCAAUAUGGCUGUGGAAGCUGCUGGUCAUCAUCGGGGCGUCAGUGGGCACUGGAGUGUGGGCACACAACCCUCAGUACAGGGCUGAAGGGGAGACGUGUGUGGAGUUCAAGGCCAUGCUGAUCGCCGUGGGACUUCACGUCCUCUUGCUUAUGUUCGAGGUGUUGGUGUGCGACCGCGUGGCGAGGGGAAGCGGCAACUACUUCUGGCUGCUCGUCUUCAUGCCGCUCUUCUUCGUGUCGCCCGUCUCCGUGGCGGCGUGCGUCUGGGGCUUCAGGCACGACCGCUCCCUGGAGCUGGAAGUGUUCUGUUCGGUCAACAUUCUCCAGUUCAUCUUCAUCGCUCUGAGGCUGGACAGGAUCAUCAACUGGCCUUGGCUGGUGGUGUGCGUGCCACUGUGGAUCCUCAUGUCCUUCCUGUGCCUCGUGGUCCUCUACUACAUCAUCUGGUCGGUCCUUUUCCUCCGCUCCAUCGACAUCAUCGCCGAGCAGAGGCGGACUCACAUCACCAUGGCGAUCAGCUGGAUGACCAUCGUGGUUCCGCUGCUCACCUUCGAGAUCCUCCUGGUGCACAAGAUAGACGGCCACAACAGUCUGAGCUACGUGUGCGUCUUCGUGCCGCUGUGGCUCUCGCUACUCACGCUUAUGGUCACCACCUUCGGCCAGAAAGGCGGAAACCACUGGUGGUUUGGCAUCCGCAAGGACUUCUGCCACUUCCUGCUGGAGCUCCUCCCCUUCCUGCGAGAGUACGGCAAUGUCUCUUACGACCUCCAACGCAGCGAGGACCCCGAGGCCGCCGAGGACCCGCCCGUCCCCGAGCCGCCGCCCAAGAUCGCCCCCAUGUUCCACAAAAAAACGGGUGUGGUGAUCACGCAGAGUCCCGGCAAAUACUUUGUCCCGCCGCCCAAACUCUGCAUCGACAUGCCCGACUAGGCGCGUGUGAACUCUGCAAGUAGAGCCGCCGCUUGCUUGAACCGAGCGGAGUCGUUUUCACUGCGAGGAGGUGAAUAUUCGGGACUUAAAAAAAAAUAAUAAUAAAAAAUGGACGCCGCCUCGCGCUGUGACGGGACCAGCGGAGACACGGCGGGACUUGAAAAGUUGACGCGCCGGCAAAGGUUUCAGCGGCGCCUCGAUGUCUUCGCUUGCAUUGUGGAGUCAAAACUUGCUGUUACACUGUAACAGUAAGUAAAAAGUGACUCAACAGUUCAUUUUACAUACAGCACAAAAAGUUCACAUUCAUAAUUUCGGACACUCUGGAAUAAUUUGGUAACAACCUUUCCUGAUGAUCAAAUGCAACAACAAUCCUGGAUGGAAAAUGCACUUAGAAGUUCAGAGCCCCCCCCCCCCCCCCCCAUCUUCCUGUUGUUUGUAAAUAAAUGAAUUUGUCACAUAGGGACCACAAGGACCGACCUGCAUUCACUUGAUCAACAGAAACAAGUUGCCCAGUUGUAAUCGACAACGCCUCCCCAUCCUUGUUGAUGGUUGGUGGCAGUCAACUUCCAACGGUGUGGAUGCAAGUGUACAUACGCGGUCACGUGAUCUGUACGGCUACUUCCUGUAUCGGCCGAUCAUCACGCAGCACAAUAAAAUGACAAAAAAAGUGU